UCUGAUUAUUUUUCGUAGUUCAUCAGCUAGUUGAACUAAAAUACCUAUUGUAUACCAACUUUGAGAUAGUAUUGCAUCUAUUAGGUCAAAGAUUUGCUAUGACAAUCUCGUAAAGUAUCAAAAAGGUAUAUAUACAAGAGUUAAGUCAUUCGUCUCUCGAAGCUCUUAAAAUAAAGCAAGAAUGAGAUCAGUUUCAUUUUUACUACUUUUAUCAAUUAUUUCAAGUGUUAUUUCCUGGUCCCCUACAGGCUCAUUGGCACCAGGAAUUGUUUCAUGUCCAAACAAGACAUUAAUUCGGGCCGCUAAUGGUAUAUCUGAAGAAGAAAAAACAUGGUUGGAAGGACGUGAUAGGGUAACUAAUGCAAACUUAAUUAAGUUCUUGGAAUCAAAGUUAGAAAAUUUCGAUGCCUCUAAUUUUGUUGAGAAUGCUAGCAGACCCAUAAGAUUAGCUAUUGGAGUUAGUGGAGGUGGUUGGCGUGCAGCCUUAGUAAGUGCAGGUCAGUUGGCUGCAUUUGAUGAUAGAACUAGAGGUGACUCGGGUUUAGCUGGUAUUCUUCAAUCUGCUACUUACCUUUCUGGGUUAAGUGGAGGUAAUUGGUUGACAGGAACUCUUGCAAUGAAUAAUUUCACUUCAAUUCAACAAAUUCUUGAUGAAGGGGAGAUUUGGAACUUAGAGUCUUCUGCUUUAAAUCCUCAGUGGGAUCUGAACUAUACGGCAGAGUACUAUAAGACCAUUCGCCAAGAUCUAGAUGAUAAGGAAAAGGCUGGCUUCCCUGUCACUACAUCUGAUACUUGGGGAAGAGUCACAAGUUACACAGCUUUUGCGAAAAUGAAGGAUCAUGGUGUAUCGAUGUGUUUUUCUGAUUUACAAAACUUUGAUGUAUUUAAAAAUCAUGAGAUGCCAAUGCCAUUUUCACUCAUCAUCAAUAGAGAGCCAAAUUCUUUCAUUGUCGGUAAAAAUGCCACUGUUUUAGAGGUGAAUCCGUUUGAAUUUGGUUCCUGGGACCCUUCUUUGAGGCAAUUUACUCCUAUUAAGUACUUAGGUACAGAGCUCGAUGAUGGUGUCGAUAAUGGUACUUGUGUCGCAGGUUUUGACAAUGCUGGUUAUUUAAUGGGUACCUCUUCUUCUCUUUACAAUUUGUAUCAUGAUUUCCUCGAUAAUUUAAAUCUUACAGCAAUUCCUGAAUCAGUUAGAGAAACAGCAAAGAGUCUAUUCAAAUAUGCUUACGACAAGGAAACACAGUACGCAUUUCUUGAACCUAACCCAUUUUACAAUAGUCAUCUUGGGUAUGCUGAAGAUAUCGUUAAAAAUGAAACUUUAUUCAUGGCUGAUGGUGGUGAAGACGGUGAAAGUAUUCCUUUCCAUCCUUUAAUUCAACCAUCUCGAGGAGUUGACGUUGUUUUUGGACUUGACAAUGGACAAGAUAGACCUGAAGGCUGGCCAAAUGGUACCACUUUGAUCAAUACUUUUGAAAGGCAAUUUUCAAAACAAGGAACUGGAAAAUUUCCUUACGUUCCUGAUCAACAAACCUUACUUAAUUUAAAUAUGACUGCUAAACCCGCUUUCUUUGGCUGUGACGCAAAAAACUUGACAUCCAUAAGUGAAAAAGGUCACGAUGUACCUCUUGUUAUUUAUCUUGCCAAUAGACCAUUUUCCUUCUGGUCUAAUACAACAGUUAUGAAGUUGAAUUUUCAAGAAUGGGAAAAAAGAGGUAUGAUUCAAAAUGGUUACGAAACAGCAACAAGAUUGAAUGGUACCUUAGAUUCUGAUUGGCCAACUUGUGUUGCAUGUGCUAUCAUUAGAAGAGAACAAGAAAGACAAGGAAUUGAACAAUCGGACCAAUGUAAAGAAUGCUUCGAGGAAUAUUGUUGGAAUGGUGAAAUUAACCACAAUAGUAUUGCUGGAGUUAACUUUACCGAUAUUGGUCUUACCAGUGGUCCUAACGACAGUGGUAAUAGAAAGGUCAUCGAACCUAGUAACCAAAUUUAUUGAUUUAACAGAGACUGAAAAAGAAAGCACUGCUUCAAAUGGUGAACUGUUUUUCACCAUUAACAUGAAUUCUAUAAUUAACAUAUUUAGAAACACAAAA